GGCCUGGGCCUCUUGUCCCCAAGUCCACGCCCAGGGCUCAGUAGCCUGCUGGCAACAGUGCAACUUGGCACUAACACAUUUCAGAAGAGAGAGAUGGAGAAUUACCUCUUCUCUCUGAAAAGCAUUACUGCUGGUUGGCUGAGCUUCAGCCCCACUUCUUGGACAAUUAAAGCCAUUUUCAUUUUCUUGUGUAUACUGGGAGUAUACACAGUAUACUGUAUAUACUUCUUCCUGUUAUUCUCCUACUUCCGGAAUGAUCCAUCCUUACCACCACAUAAGAAACACAGAAGCAGCAGGAAGCAUCGAGUGGAGCCUCAGAGAAGGAGCAGCAGGAGCCAGAAGAAAGCCCAGACUCUGAAGACUCUGAAAGCUUGCAGAGAUUGCCUGCAAGAACUAGAGGAGGUUCAGGACCUGAUUUCCCUUCUCCAAAGCUACCUGGGGAGGCUCCCUGACCAGGGGGCCUUUCAUCACCUCCUACAUCAAGAAGCCCCUGAGGAGGUGUCCAAAGCAGCACCUGCUAGAACCCACAAGCCAAGGAAGGAGUCUGGGGAAAAUGCUGCUCACACCUUGGCCCCAUCAGCUUCCCCUGCUCCUCUCCAUCGCCUUCUACCUCUGGACUCCACCCUGCCAGCAGAACCUCAAGAAGACCAAAAUAACUUAAAGAAAAUCCUACUGGGCACAAUCACAAAGAGCUUACUUCCAGGUAAUUCCUCUUUGGCAUCUCUCAUUCUAGCCGUCUCAGGCCUCAGACAUGCCGACUAUCCCAUUUUAUCCUUUUCCUGGUGGUGGGAAAGUACCAAGUCCUUGUUCUUCCCUACCUCGUCACAGCACAAAUGCCAGCAAGAACACCUGGCCUGCCACCCACCAGAGGCCUCGUUCUGGGGUGACCCUACAAACUGGCAGAUAGAGACUCAUAAACCCUCUUUUGUCACCUCGGAUGUCCAGAAGCUGCUGGAAAUACUAAUCACAAAAAGAGUAGAACUGAAGAUUUGGAAGGAGAAAGAAAAGGAUGGAUCAAUUGGGAAACAAUUGUGCCCAGACAAUCACCUGAACUCUUUGGGGACUAUGUGGAAGUUACUCAGUGCUGAGCAGACCACCAUAACCCCACAAUCCUUCCAGAACCAGAAAGAUGAACCAGAGCAGCUGGCCAGUCCUCAGCAGCUCUCAUCCCCCAAAAUCUUGGAAGACCACUUGCAACAGAAAUGCAGCCAGCUCUUCUGGGGUCUCCCCUCUCUGCACAGUGAGUCCUUGCUGGCCACUGCUUUGGUCUGUACUCACUCUCCUCAACUACAGGUUCCCUUUCUUUUAUUCAAUGGGCUCUCUAAUUGCUUGCCAGCUCUAAUUCAGGAUCAAAUAUCUUCACAGUUUUCCCAUGUCUCAUCCUUGCCCCACCAUGGGAUCCAACUCCAACCCUCGACACCAAUCUGGCCCCAGCCCCAGGCCCAUCUUGCACCUUCUGUCCCAAUCAGACCACCUUCUCUUCCACCCCAGAUGAGUGCCUGUGGGGUACCUUGCCCUGCAUCCCAGGAAAAGACACAAUUCUUCAUCCCAAAUGAAACUCAACAACUGGAAUGGCCAUUGUUGCCAAAGCACCAAGAAAGGGGGAGGACUUUACACUACAUGAUGAAAAGAUAUCGGAAGUUCUUUGGCAAAGUCCCUCCCAAGCUUCCCAAGUACAACCAGGACUCCCAGUCUUACGGGUCAGUUUCCAUCAUUCAUGGGGACUUUGUAAUCUUUAAUAUCCAAAAACACCACCAUCAAAGGAGGCUCAGCAAGGAUAAACACAGAGACAGCCUGCCCCACAGGGUCCAAGUGUCUCUGGAACUGAUGUGGCCUCCCAAUGAAUUCCCAGAGACAAGUAAGGCACAGGAUAACCAGGGAUUCUCAAGGCCCUUUGUGUUUAAAGGCAAAAGCAGCCAGACUACACAGAGGACCAAGUCCAGGGACCCUAGAAGUUUCUAUAGGAAGAGUCAAACAAGAUCCCAACUACAGAAUAACUUGGGUAACGGUCUACAGCAAUGUCUGAAGAGAAGCCCAACAGAUCUCUCCAGAGUUUCAGCCAGCUUCCCAGUAAAGGUUCUAGGAACUGACUCUGAGGAGGAGUUAGAAAGACAUUUGAUGAGGACCUUGAAGAGUGACCAAGGAAAACACUUAGCCAGGGGCCCAGGUAAGAAACAUCUAGAAAAAAACUUAGAGGUUCACUUGUGCAGGAAAUUGGGACAGAUCAAUGAAGGUUUGAUCCCUGUGAGCGUGCGUCGAUCCUGGUUUAUGGCCACUCACAGUUUGCCCAAGUCCCACCUUGGCAGUGAACGUAGAAAUCUGGCAUCCUUGAAUGAUCGGAAACCCUGCAUAAAUACCUCCCAUGAGCUGCCUUUCCUUAGUCCUCACACUCGACAGAUGUUGGAAGCACACAUCAUAAGGUUUCGGGUGAGGCAUAAGUGGGACCUACCUUCCCAAGCCUUUGAGCCCAUAGAUCUCAAGCUAUGUGAAGCUCAACCCUUGCCCCUUCCCCUGCACCCCUCUCCUUGCUCAGCCACCUGUGUAUCUGGGACCCACUCAAGAGCCAUGUUCUACAAGUUCUUGGGAAAACCUCCUCAGCCGCAUCUGGGAGAGGAGAUAACAGAAGAGUCCAUUCCCACCUCAGAGAGUCCCCAGCCUGUCCCCUCAUCUGCAAGUGAGGAAAUUCAGCAGGCCUCACCUGGUGAUGUCCAGGAGCCCUCAGAGGUCCCUUUACCUGGACAGGAAGACAGAUCACCUUCUCAGACCUCUACACUCAGCCUCACAAACAGAGCCCUGGAGAGUGAGAUUGUUAUGGGGGCCAAGAAAGACAACCUGGAGUCAAGUUCAGCAACGGCCAGGAAUGAACUAAAGGACAAAAGUGGGGAUCAGGCCUCACAAAACAAGGUAGCAAUACUGAAGAUGAAGCUCAGGUCCCAAUUUACAAGGGCUGAAGAGGCCAGGGAGGAGACAGAGCCCAAGAAGGCCCCUGCUUGGAAAGUCAUCUUAAAACCCAGUAUGCUGGCCAACAACCAAACCAUUUAUGUGGAUCUGAGGAGAUCAGGAUCUCCAUGCCCUAGUAAAAGCCCCUUACCACCUACAGAGUUGGCUGCCCAAGAUUUAAAGGAGCCAUGCCUUAAAGCAAAGGUUGCCAGUAAGUUUGAGCUCCAAGAAAAGGUAGAGUCAGAGAACCAGCCUCAAGGACCUAUCGCUGGUGUGCCUCUUCAAGAUUCUUCCAGUGACAUCUCCCUUCAAGACUCUGGCACUUGCGACCUUGUCCAAGACCAUGAUACUAAGGUGCCCCUGCAAGAUUCUCCCACUGAUGUCCUCCUUACCAUAGACACCUUGUCCACACACAAAUCAUCCUCCUGUUCCCAGAGGGAACAUGCCAGUGGAGACACACCAGCUUCCCCAGUGCCACAUGACCUUGUAUCAAGUGAAUUGAGCAGUGAGGUGCAGCAGGAGCCCAGUAUACCGAAAGCUGAGGACCCAUGUAAGAGCCAGAGUGAGAUGACUAUCUCCACUGCUGAGACAGAAGACCUGCAGAGUCCCAAAUCAGAAGAGCAUGAAGAGUGUGCAGAGCCAUUGGGAAGCAGCGUUUUCCAAGCUGGUGGGACAGGCCACCCUCCCCGUGUCAGAGGAACAGGAGAUAGCCUUGGAAGCAAAUACCUCCAGCUCAUGCCAGAAAGGGGACAGGUUAUUCCAGAAAGCCACUUUAGAAAAAGGGUAAGGAACUUUCUGCAAUGUCUUAAUCUCAAUAAAAAAGGCAAAGGACUGGAAGAUCCCCUUCAAAAGGGCAAGCCUGUGUCAGCAACUGUCCAGAGGGAGGUACCAGUCAGAAGCAGAUCAGUUAUGGACAGCAGAGCUACUGAAGCUCAGACGAUUGUGACAGCUGUGGGACGGGUCCUGGUGGAGAAACUGGGACUUUACCAAGGAAUGCGUGCCUCAGACAUAAAUAUGCACAAAGAAUUCCAGGCCCCAGGACGUGGGCACUCCCGCCACCACAAGGUUCUUUCCUCCCCAGAACAGGGGAGAGUGAUGAGAGAGACGGCCUCCAAGCAGCAAGCCAUCCCCAAGGGCCACAGCUGUCCCAACAGGGCCGAGUGGAUCCCAGGCAGGGACAGCAGAUGGGAAGGCCCACCCAGGGAGCUGGGGGCCCCAGGCAGACCCAGCCAGCACAGGCUGAUGCUGGCAGGUGCCUCAGGUCACAUUCACCGUUAUCCAACAUAUAGUCUUCAAAAAUGUGUGUCAUCCCAUCAGGCAGUGUGUGCUCCUCACACCUGUCAUGGUAGGAAAGCUUUACUUCAAGAAAAAGUUGAGUAUAUGCAAAGAAAGCCUUUUGUUUCUCAUGUUAGCACAUCUUCCAUGUGCUAAUGGCUUCUUUGUACCAUGAUUUGUAUUGCUUCCCAAAAUAUAUGUUUUUUUUUCUCA